GAAUGAUCAUCAGUCAUUGUCAUACACAGAUGUGGCUGUUGGUUGUAGCAGUAGCAGUAUCACUGGGGGUGUCAGGGUCAGAGACCUCACACCGAUCCGAGGCCCAGUCCCAGACCCUCCAGGCCCUCCACUGUCCGCCCUGUGAGAGGAUCCACUGCACCCACCGCCGGGCCCUGAAGCUCCAGUGUAAAGGUGGCCUGACCACUGGGGUCUGUGGCUGCUGCCCAGCCUGUGCCAGGACAGCUGGGGAGAGCUGUGGUGGGACCUGGGACUACCUGGGCAAGUGUGACGAGGGGCUGGUGUGUGUCUACCAGGAGUCUGUCUCGGCUGCUGAGGGAAUACCAGACGUAGAGGAACGUAAAGGUAUCUGUAAAGCAGUGCUGGAGACCCUGGAUGUGGAGUCCUGUCGGCCAGAAUGCACCUGGGAGUACUGUCAGGCCAAUCCUAAUGAGGUGUGCUCUGCCAGGUCAGUGUCCCUGGAGAAGCAGGAGUGUCAUGGUACCUGCCAGCACACGUCAUGCUCCAGCUGUCUGGUCUUGAGACCCCCAUCCUCAGCCUCCUGCCCACAGACCUGUGCCCCCUCAGACCCCACCUGCCUGCAUCGCUUUGGGAGGUGUGUUCACAACCACCUGGCCGAGCCCCACCGUCACCACCACCACCCCAUCUGCCACCACAACCUACAGAGUAAUGCGGAGGGGUAUUUUGUGUGCUUGGUGCCUGGAUGUCUGAACUGAUGCUUUGAGAAGAAACUCCUGACUAAAAUGUUCACUGAUACAGUGUGUUACAGAUACUGAAUGGCAGCUAUUUUCAAAUACAUUAUUUGAAUAACUUGACAAUAAUAUUUUUUGUGUGUUAUAUACAUUGCCUGUGUACAUUUUUCAAUGUAAUAAAUUGACUGCAUCUUGAAUUUUGUGAAUAAAAAUGUUUGUUUUUGUA